CGGUUGCAGUUCACGAUGGACACUGGACAGUCAUCGUUUGGUGACUACCCAUCGUUUGUACAUCCACGGAACUGUUGCUCUCAAGCCGAGAGCCCUGUCCAAUGGCUGGUUACGGGGGUGGAUUGGCUGGCCUGACGCAGCCGCAGUCGGCCGCCGGCGCCGGUGGCACUCGGUGGCAGUCGGCGGCCGUCUGCCGCGCCGACCGGCAACAGGGCCCCGUGACCCGGGGUCGGUCCGGCAGCAGGGCUCAGUGACCCAGGCUCGGCCCUGUCCAGCGGACUGCAGCCAGACGUUGACGGCUGACCGGCACCUGAUGGCACCAAAGCGCUCUGAGGGCCGUCAUUAGGACAGACAAGCGGCGGACGAGCCGGCGCCGUCAUGCAGUUUCCGCCUCUGGUGUCGGCACUGGCGCUGCUGAUGCUCUCUCAAGUGGGCGUCAUCGAGCGCGUGGAGACGGCUGAUAUUGAGAGGAAUGUGUCCGUGGGACUGGUGCCUCCGUAUUCCACUUUCCAUAACCGCGGCUACCAGGCUCGCGUCUCCUUGACACUGCAGUCCAGGGGCUCCAAUAUACUUCGGAGCACGCGAUUUGUGCACAGACAGAUGUUCAAGACUCUCAGCCCCACAGCGAUCCUGAAUGCUUUGUGUAAUCAGUUUUUGCCAGCGAACGUGGCUGCCAUUAUUUACAUCAACAACAAGGAGCACUACGGCCGGAACACCGCCUCCAGCCAGUACUUUCUGCAGCUGGCCCGUUAUCUGGGCAUUCCCGUCAUUGCCUGGAACGCAGACAACUCGGGCCUCGACCAGGAACAGGGCACGAAACAGUCGAGCCUGCGGCUGGAGCUGGCGCCGUCGAUCCACCACCAGGCCGCGGCCAUGCUCUCCAUCCUGCAGCGCUACAACUGGCACGGGUUCGCAAUCGUCACAUCGCAAAUUGCCGGCUACGACGAGUUCACUCGCGCCGUUCGAGACACGGCGCUGGAGCUCCAAGAGGAAUUCAAAUUUUCCAUACUCAACACCAUUAUUGUUCGCGAAUCGAAGGACUUAGAGGAGCUGGCCAACUCUGAGGCGAGAAUCAUGCUGCUCUACUGCACAAAGGACGAAGCACGGGAAAUCAUGCACAAGGCCCACUCUCUCCACAUCACGGGCAAGAAUUACGUGUGGAUCGUAACACAGAGCGUCAUUGGGAGCGAUCUGGAGACCGUGGCGGCAGACUUCCCGAUCGGCAUGCUCGGACUGCAUUUCGAGACGAGCAGCAUGGAGGUGAUGAAGCAGAUCGGACGCGCCCUGGAGGUGUUUAUUCGUGGCGCAGAGCUGUUCUUCAAGGCGUACAACCACAGCAAGCUGAGUCCUCAGCUCUCCUGCGAGGGACACGGCGAGGUCCGCUGGGAUCACGGAGAGCUCUUCUACAGACAUCUGUUGAACGUGAGUUUUCGGCUGGACGAGGUGCCCGACUACCUUGCGUUCAACUCGGACGGCACGGUCAAGUCGGCGCAGCUGAAAAUCAUGAACUUGCGACGAGGGAACAGUGCCAAACAGUGGGAGGAGAUCGGCACCUGGCGCGCCGACCAGGCCGACCAGCUCAACAUCAAGGACAUCGUCUGGCCGGGCCUGUCGCACGUGCCGCCAGAGGGCGUGCCGGAAAAGUUCCACCUCAAGAUUCUGUUCCUCGAGGAGUCUCCGUACGUGAUUCUCGGCAUGCCGGACCCCAUCACGGGCAAGUGCAGCGCCAACCGCGGCGUGCUCUGCAGGAUCGCGCCAGAAGCCGACAUCGAGGGCAUGAACCUAACGGUCGCUCAGAGGAACUCAUCGCUCUACCAGUGCUGCUCCGGCUUCUGCAUUGACCUGCUGGAAAAGUUUGCCAAGGACCUUAUAUUUACAUACGAUCUGGUGCGGGUGGACGACGGCAAAUGGGGAACCAUUGAGAACGGCUCCUGGACGGGACUGGUGAGCGCCCUGAUGAACAGGAAGGGCGACAUGGUCAUCACGUCGUUCAACAUCAACUCCGACAGGGAGAGCGUCAUCGACUUUAGUGUGCCAUUUCUGGAGACGGGAACAACGAUAUUGGUGGCAAAGCGGACGGGGAUCAUCUCGCCGACUGCGUUCCUGGAGCCGUUCGACACGGCCUCCUGGACGCUGGUGGCGUUCGUGGCCAUUCACGCCACGGCGCUCACCAUCUUCCUGUUCGAGUGGCUCAGUCCGUCCGGAUACAACAUGAAGACGGUGGCGCCGCGGGACCACAAGUUCUCGCUGUUCCGCACCUACUGGCUGGUGUGGGCCAUCCUGUUCCAGGCCGCCGUGCACACGGACUGUCCGCGCGGUCUGACCGCCAGGUUCAUGGCCUCCAUGUGGGCGCUGUUCGCCGUCGUCUUCCUCGCCAUCUACACCGCCAACCUGGCCGCCUUCAUGAUCACCCGAGAGGAGUUCCACGAGCUCAAGGGCAUCGACGAUGAGCGGAUGAGGUCGCCGUACCAGUUCGAGCCGCCGUUCCGAGCCGGCACCGUGCUCCACACCAACACGGAGAUGGUGCUGCGAGAGCACAAGCCGCAGCAGUUCCGCUACAUCCUCCGCUACCCGGUACACAACGUCCAGGAGGGCGUCAAGAUGAUCAAGACCGGGGAGCUGGACGCGUUCCUGUACGACGCCACCGUGCUGCAGUACAUGGUGGCGCAGGACGACGACUGCGAGAUCCUCACCGUCGGCGCCUGGUACGGCAUGACCGGCUACGGCGUCGGCUUCCGGCGCGGCUCCAAGUACCUCGACCAGUUCAACGAGAAACUCAUGCAGUACAAGGACAACGGGUACAUUGAGCGACUACAACGAUUUUGGCUAACUGGUGCCUGCAAGCCACAGAAGCAGCACAAGCGCGCAUCCGAGCCACUGGCACUGGAGCAGUUUUUAUCGGCUUUUCUCCUGCUCGGCUGCGGCAUACUGCUGGCCUGUGCGAUACUGGCCUGUGAGCACUGCUACUUCAAGCACAUUCGGAAGCAGCUGGCCAAGACGGACCGCGGUGGCUGCUGCGCGCUCAUCAGUCUGAACAUGGGCAAGUCGCUGACGUUCCGCGGCGCCGUAUACGAGGCGCAGGACAUCAUCAAGUACCACCGGUGCCGCGACCCCAUCUGCGACACCCACCUGCUGAAGGUGAAGCGGGAGCUGGACGUGGCCCGUCUGCGGAUCCGCGAGCUGGAACAUCAGCUGGGCGACCCGGGGCUCGCGCCCAGUGCCCGCUUCCUGGCGUCGGUGCGCCGAGACCAAAGCAACAGCUCGUGGUGCUGUUUGCCAACCAAAGACGGGCCGCAGCACAAAGGGGCUCCCGUGGCGCGCCGGCCCGAGUGGGGCCUGCCCAGCGCCGUGCGGCACCACAUGUACACCCAGCAGUCGGCUGAGUUUAUCCGACCCCACCCGGACUCGUACGCCGCCCACCGGGUGCAGCAGAGGCCGGCCUCGGUCGAGAUCGCGGAGCUGGAGACGGUGCUGUGAGCCGGGGAGCGGAGCGCUCAGCCGAGACGGUGGCGCCGUCCACGGCAGAGGGCGCCACAGGGACCGGGGGCGAUUACCCGCCCCUACCCCUCGGCAGGACCACCAGGGGCGACACUCGCUGCGAAUUAGCCACAGCAGAGGUUCGAACCACGCCCGCUGUGCAGCUCUUAGACCCGACCAGGUCAGCGUGCGAGUCGCUUCCCUGAUUCCUGUGCGAUCACCGUUACACGCCCUGUUAUCGAUGUCGUGGCAUAGAGCCGCAGCCAGUUACUCGGGUGACUGGGUCGUUUAGUGUGGCGGAGCCCAGCGGCGCACUCCGUCCGGACAGCCGGCACGCGGAGCCGGCACCGCUGGUCAGCGCUCCCGCCAUAUGCUCAGUUAACGCGCCUGCGCCGCUGUGAUGUUCAGUGCUGACAAAUGCAUAUUUGUAGCUUAGCGCCACAUAUUAUACGACAAAUGCCAAUCAGAUCUCAGUGUACAUGUGUUGCUAUUUUGCCGGUGGUAGAUUAUCGAUGUGUUUAUAUAGAUAUACACGUUGCUACGCUAGGGAGAGGAGAUGCUCCAAAUAGGCAUGUUUGUUGUUGCGUUUUGAGCGUGGCCGGCAGUGAUGUCUGGCCCCAGAAGGGUCGUUAUGCGUAGUUAUCUAGGUAGCGGCGCUGGUAUGGUAGCACAGGCCCGGCUCGGUUCUAAAAGCUGCUCCAAAUAAUCGUACGGUUGCAAAUAGGUUGGAUGUAGCCAACUGAAGAAUGACGCUUUAAGGACCCAAUGAACAUCACAGUAUAAAGAGAUGCCACUCUGAUAUCUCAACUAGCCAUCUGUGUCUCAGUGUAUCAGUAACCGGGUCUCGGAACGUGUCAGGGCGCCGAAGCUCGCAUAUGCUUCCUGUAUCGGGUUUGUUGUUUUACGCUGGAAUACAUAAAAAUACGUGUUUGUAUUGACAUUGAUGUGCAGUAUAUCGCGGCGCACCAGUGCGCCUAACAGCCAGCUCAGUCAAGGCGAGCCCUGUCUCGACUGAGACAAUGUCUCACCCUAAUAAAAUAAUCGCACAGUC